AUGCUGAAGUCAUUAUUAAUCGGCGGUAUUGCUGUGGCGAUGGCUUUUGACAGUCAGGUUGACUCGUUCAGAAUGCAUCCGCUCUCUGAUGAAAUGGUGGAAUACAUCAACAAAAUGAAUACAAGCUGGAAGGCGGGAAGAAAUUUCGACAAAUCUAUCCCUAUGAGUUACAUCCGGGGCCUGAUGGGAGUCCUUGAAGAAAGCAAGGAAUCCCGCCUGGCAGAGCGCAUCCAUGCAAUCCCCGAAGGUCUCCCCGACACCUUCGACGCCCGUCAAAAGUGGGCCAACUGCAAAUCAAUCGACCUCGUGCGCGACCAGUCAGCCUGCGGUUCCUGCUGGGCUUUUGGUGCAGUGGAAGCCAUGUCCGAUCGAGUUUGCAUUCACAGCAACGGACGCGUACAGGUCGACAUAUCCGCAGAAGAUUUGAUGGAUUGCUGCGAUAAAUGCGGGUCUGGUUGCAGUGGAGGAGUAUCAGCGGCAGCCUGGCAGUACUGGAAAGACGCCGGACUGGUUAGCGGUGGGCUCUACAACACCACCGACGGCUGCAAGCCCUACUCUCUUGCUCCGUGCGAGCACAGCUCCCAGGGUUCACUUCCCGAGUGCGUCGGAACUUUGCCGACGCCCAAAUGUAAGCGGCAGUGCAGAGAAGGCUACGAGAGGAGUUACGACGACGACAAGUACUUCGCCAAAAACGUCUACUCAAUAAACGGUUCCGAAAAACAAAUCCGCACUGAAAUUUUCAGAAACGGACCUGUGGAAGCCGAGUUCACAGCUUACGCCGACUUCCUGAGCUACAAAAGCGGAGUGUACCAACACCACAGUAGGGACAUCAUCGGCCGUCAUGCAAUUCGAAUCCUCGGAUGGGGCUCGGAGGAUAACAAUCCCUACUGGCUCCUCGCCAACUCAUGGAACGAAGACUGGGGUGACCAUGGUUACUUCAAGAUGCUCCGAGGCGUCAACGAGUGCGAUAUAGAGUCGUUCGUCAACGCUGGCAUUCCGAAACUUGAUUGAGCCGAAUAAAUU